AUGAACAAAAUAGCUUCCAUUUUAGAUAGAACCAUGGAUUGUCUGUUAGAAUUGCCACAGCCAGUCAUCUUCAAGACAUAUGUCCUUGAUGUCCUCCAAUCCAACAACCUUGUCAGCUCACCAGCUAUUUUGAAUAAUCUACACUCUAUCAUAUACGUUGCUUUGUUCUAUCACAUGUGGUUUUUGAUUGCGAAGUACAUCAUUUUCCCACCAUUUGUUAAAUUGAAGAUGCAAUGGGAUCAAGAGGAGGAGAAGAAUACUUCUGCUAAGACAAGGAAGCAUAAACUUCACAAACACCAGAGUCCAAAGAAGAGAUAUAAUUCUCUUGUUAUUCAAUGUUCUAUUCAUUUCAUUUCCUUGUUACAAUGUGUGUUUGUUUUAUACCCAUCAUUAUCAAUCUUGCUCAACCCUGCUAAGUCGUCAGAAAUAUUUUACGACUCUGAAGCUCGUGUCUUUGGUACUACACGUGAUACGGAAGUUGUUUGUAUCUUUGCCAUUGGUUAUUUUCUAUGGGAUAGUGUAAUUUCAAUGUUUUAUUCUUCUAUUGCUUUCGUUCUCCAUGGUAUUGUUUCUGCUGCAGUAUACUUUAUUGGAUUGAAACCAUAUAUUCAAUAUUACGCCCCAGUCUUCAUGAUGUUUGAAUUAUCGAAUCCAUUUUUAAAUUUCAGAUGGUUUGGUAUUAAAUUAUUGCCAUCAAAUAAUAAAUUUAUUGAUUAUUUGUUGUUAUUCAACAAUUUACUUCUAAUGAUUAUUUUCUUUUUGGCAAGGAUUGUCUACGGUUGGUUCCAAAUCGGAAUGAUCGUGUACGAUUAUUAUACUGUUCGUAAUGAUCCAAGGUUUAUAUUAUUCGACUCCGUUGUGAUAGUUGGUGGAAAUUUAAUUUUAGAUGUCUUGAAUGCCAUUUGGCUUUCUACAAUGGUGAAAGUUGCUAUAAAGCUUUUAAAAGGUGAGAAAAAGGCUGACAAGAAGGAUUAA